AUGUUGCUUCUCCUAGAUUACCGUCAUUGUUCAAAAGAAGAAUUCACAUGUGGAAAUGGCCAAUGUAUUCCACUGACAUUACGUUGUGAUGCCUACUUUGACUGCUUCGACGAGACAGAUGAACUUAACUGUGAAUCAUGCAGUCCAUCCGCAUUUCACUGUGACUACAUUAGAUGUUUUCCUAACAAAAUAGUGUGUGAUAAUUACCAUGAUUGCACGGACGGCAGUGACGAACAACCUUGUGAGAAGCCCGACAUGAGGUCAUGUGUGCAUUGGUGGCAAUCAGGAUAUAAAGAGUCGGGCACGUACAUAUUAAGUGAUGUAAUUAGCGGGAAAACGAUGAAGGUUAUUUGUGGAUUUGAUCAUAUAUCUUCUGCAAAUGAAGUUUUGACAGUUUUUCUAAACAUGGACAUCUUGGAAUGGAACGGGAAACUUGCUAUUUAUAACACUUACAUUAAUGAUAAGCCAAUUGAUCUCACUAUGGACGUUUAUUUCAUUAGUGACGGUAAAGCGAAUUGCACACAAGAGGUUAUACAAUCAUGUAAUCCAGUACUUCAGACAGUAUCUAUGUUUGAUGACCCAGACUUUCAACAUUCAUACUCUCACUGCAUUUGCCUAAUAGUCACAUUGGUUAUAAGUUGGAAACCAGACAUAUCAUCUGUUGAAUAUUGCAACACAUUGAAACAACUUAAUGAUGAUGAAAUUGAGGACCUUUUAUUGUUUAAAUACCAAUACACGACUUUACACAGAACUUUAGUCUGGAAAAAUACGUCUGUAAAUUAUGAGAACAUUCAACUCAAUAUUGGAAAUGUAACGUGCAUAGAAGGUUUGUGUCAACGGAAUAGAUAAUAUCAUCACGUGAUAUAUAAAAAGAAUUGAAAACAACCGACUAAUAAAACACUAUUUUUCAAAUAAUAGUAUUAUUGAGAAUGACUUUAAAUGUUUUACAUCUAAAACACUGAUUUACAGAAUGAUGAAGAAUUUUUAAACCGAGUCUGCAAUUCUUAUGUAAUUUUGUUGUGAUUAAUGCUUCCGAGGGAUCACUUUGUUUCCAGAUUUUUAUACUUCACAACAGCAGGUGUCAAGUGCUGUGUGGCAGCUGUAAAAAGUUGCCCCGUACUUCACUUCAGUGUUGUUAUAUUUUUCUGGUCCUUCGGGAUCAAUGAUGCCAGCACUAUUAAGUGUUGAGAAUUGAGUACCGCUCAGGCCGGCGCUAGGGGGCGUGAGGGAUGUUGCUCUUAUUCAGUAUCACUCAUGUACAGA